AUGAGCCUCGCCGAAGCAGCUCCCAUCACCCGCGGUGACCCAUACGCCCCUGUCGACGCCGCCGACGACCAGCGAUUAGGCGACUCGACACCUCGAGCUAGCGACUUCAUGACGGAGCCAGACAGCCAAACGGGAGACGCUAAGAAGGAUCCCAAGAGCAAGAAGCGUAGCUUCUUCGGUUUCGGCAAGAAAAAGACACCGUCUCUCACCAAGUCCGAGUCCCACAACGAGUCCAAGCCCGAAUCCCAAUCCCAAUCUGAACCCAAGUCCCAGUCCCAGUCUCAGACUCCCUCAAACUCGAACUCGGCCGCCGCGAGCCCGCCUCUGAUGUCCCGAGAUGCUUCGAAGCUCUCGUCGACAGCGUGGAGCGCGCCCAGCGACCAGGCCUUCGUCCUGCCUUCGUCUCCGGGCCGCGGCUUCAGCGGCUCCCCACGACUCUCCUCCCCUGCGACGUCACAGAUCUUUGAGCGUGAUGUCCAGGAUAGCACCGUACUGAAGCCGAACUCCCCGGCGAUCCCGACGCAUAUCCAGACCGAAAACUACAUCCCCCCCGUGCUCGACGACGCAUCCGAGGCCAUCACGAAUGAGAAGCUUGACCCUGACACGGUGGAGAUUGUGACGCACAGCUCGCAUCAACCCGCUGCCGUGACGGUUACGGGGGCCAGCAACGGCCUUCCAUGGUACGACCAGUCGGCCAGUGAGUGGGCAGCAGAGCUCGCUUCCUUUGCCGACCGAGAUGCUGUCUCGGCCGACAACGCCUCAAACUACGGGUCUCUCGACUCCUCCGACGUCCGCCGAUUAUCCUUCAUCUCGUUUGCCGAUGUUGUACAGGCCGAGCACAACCCUCCCGCGGGCGUUGCGAGCUCCCGUGACAGCAUCCACCUCGCAGGGCUCACAUCUCUGCCAGCGGCGGUCAACCGAUCUCCCUCGCCCAUCCGAUCCCCAGUAUCGAGCCAGGGGCCCGAGACAAGCCCUCCUACAAGCAACCCCGGUAGUAUGAAGGGUAUUGAGUUGAGCCCGCCUCGGAAGCCUCUGGGAAGUCCCACCAGCACGGCCAACCUCAAGCUCAGCGUUGCUGGAAACGACCUCAACAUUGAGACCAUGAGCCAAGCUCUCCGACGGACGGGUAGCACCGAUCUGAGCAAUGUCCGCAGCCAUCCCACAAGCCCGAUCGAGGGGUCCAAUCUUCGUUAA